GUGCAAUUGUUCAUGCACACGGUCCCUCGCAGCAUGAGUUCUUUCCCUUGGGCAGCUGUCCGGACGAUUCUCUACACCAGCACCGUUCAGGAUCUCAUACAAUUGAUUCUUGGGGUGGGGUAUCGAAGUAAACAAUUUCGGCUAUAACUGCAGGCGAUCGUGAUUGGCCGAGAUGUAUAGCUGCUUCAGAUCACGCCGAGCUCUGUGCUGGUAUCUCUUCCACUUUGACCACACUGGGCUCGAUCUGCACUGUCUUGCGGUCCACCUCGUGGGACUCCACAUUGGGAUCGAUGUUCUCGCUAUCGCUGGGCGCUGCUGGUUUGAGAAUGGAUGUCCCGGGGGCCGAUGCCCGAGAGAGAUUAUCUGGGGCCCGCGCGAUAGGGUCUUCGACCUGCGACUCGGAGGCUUCCUGGCUGCGUGUGGUGACCAUACUUGGGGCUUUGGAGUCCCUGCACUGACAUCAUGCAUCGUCCCAAUACAUUUAUGAUGUGAUAUGAUGAGAUGGAUGGAUGUGCGAAAGGGCACCAAGAUGACGUGGUGGAAAGUAGCUAGCCACACGCCUGAGCGGUCUCGACAUCGGCCGGCAGCCUGCAGGUGCACGAUUGUUCUAAAAGGAAUCGGAUAACGAUCCUAGGUCUUGGGAAGGAAGCUUAACCGACAAUAUCAUUGAUCCAUGAUGGGCGCGGGCGUUCCUGACGAAAAGCGUCGCACGAGGGCGGUCUAAGCACAAGGGACAAAACUUUACAGAGUUUCAGAGUGACGGGUUCCGAUAAGAGCGAGUUAGAAUCUGAGCCGCUCGGGUUGCUUACAUCAGAUAGUAUAUGAGGCGAGCAUCAGCAGACAGGUCGGCGUUGUGGCUGUGCACUCCGCUUCGGCCGCGAGGAAGACCUGUGACGAAAUCUGGGUCCUAAACGUCGUCAGAGAGAGAUCCAGGUACUGGACAUCGUCAAGAUCCUGCGAAGGAUAUGAUACAUCCCCGCCUGUGUUCUGCCGUGUGUCGUAUACGAAAGAUUUGGGCUAAUCUUUGGCUCCGGUGGCCCGUGCGCAUCAGAAUCGUGAGAAGGGCUUUUCUCAUUUGCGACGUGUAGUAGUCUUGCGCUCGUUGUUGUUCUCUUCUCGCCGUUUUGUGCGAGUCUUUUUUGAACCCCACGCUCGUUUCCUCAUCCUUUUAUUGAGGCACUUCGUACCCUUCUUUAUUCGCCAUGGACGGAUCCCAAGCAGCCUUCGCGCAGCCUUACUCACCGUAUUCGUUUGAUCUCGAUAUGAUGAAACGCUCGAUGGACGGUGCAAGUGGCCCUGACUCGAAAAAGGCACGGUGGUCGCCGACGGGAACGUCUCCGGGUGCUGCUCGCGACAUGUACGGUGCCAACUACGGCUACAAUGGACAGGCCGCUGGUUCGUUCCAGCAGCCCAGCCCCGCGCAGAGCUUUUCCAACAGUCCCCUGUACUCGACGCCCACGCUUUCGAUCAACACCCAGAAUAUCAACGGUGGCGGACAUGGUCAGAUGAGCCCCAACACCCUCGCUUCUUUCCAGCAAGCCCAGCAGCAGGCGCAACAACAAGCACAACAACAGGCCCAGCAGCAGCAGCAGCAAGCGGCGAGCCCCGUGGUCGGCUCUCCGUACACCCAGUUCACACCGUACAACAUGCUCGCGAUGGGGUCGUUCCCUUACCCUCAGCAGAACGGACAGGCCGGAUUUUCACCUCAACGCCUGCCGUCGCUGACCAUCCCGAACUCCCCGGCCGGCUUAUACAACCCAUCGGCUCUCUCCGGUCUCCUUUCCUCUGGGGGCAACGCUCCCGCUGCCGGCCGCACGGUCUACAUCGGCAACCUCCCGCCGUCGGCAUCGGUCGACGAGCUGCUCAACCUCGUCCAUUUCGGCCCACUCGAAUCCAUCCGCGUUUUGCCGGAGAAGUCAUGCGUCUUCCUGUCCUUCCUAGAUGCAUCGACUGCCGCGGCCUUCUUUGCCGAUGCGACGCUGCGCAAACUCACGCUUCACUCGCAGGAGCUCAAGGUCGGCUGGGGAAAGCCUAGCCCCGUCCCGGCUCAGGUCCUCCAGGCCAUCGCACAAAGCGGUGCCAGCCGGAACGUGUACCUCGGUGGUUUGGAUGAGAACAUGACCGAAGAGCAGCUUCGAGAUGAUCUCAGCCGAUUCGGUUUGAUCGACCAAGUCAAGAUCGUUCGCGACAAGAACAUCGGAUUUGUACACUUCUUGAGCAUCAGCGUCGCUACCAAGGUUGUCAAUACGCUCCCGACCGACCCGUCCUGGGCCGGCAAGCGGAUCAACUAUGGCAAAGAUCGCUGCGCCUAUGUGCCCAAGUCUCAGCAAGCGGCCGCACACCAGGCCCAAGCGGCGGCUGCGCAGUCCCUGCUGCAGUCUGCCGGUGCCUUUGGCUCACCGAUGGCUACCCACAACCCACCGUUCCCCGCAAACGGAUCUAUGGGCCCGUUUUCGCCGCUUGUGACGAACGGGAUGAACAGUCUCGCCUAUGGUGGACCCGCAAGCGCCCACCCCUCCAGCAACCCAGGCGCCAACCCCUUUACCGGCGCGGCUGCUACUGCCGACCGUGGGCCAGCGAGUGCGCACCCCGGGAGCACGGGUGCUUCGAAUCCGAUUUUAGGAUCGAACAACUCGCCUACUGGGUCACCUGCGAUCCCAUCGGCGACCGCCCCCGCUAACGGCAACGGUAACCCGUUCUCGCCGUAUUCGGCGACGCCUUUCAGCCAGGAUGCGCUUAGUGCCAUGAUGGGAAUGGGCAUGUUCGGUGGGAUGGGGAUGAUGAGCCCGAUGAGCCCCGGAGGACUGGGUGUUCUCGGUGGGCUUCCUGGCAUGAACAUGGCUGGUGGCAACCGAACGGUCUAUCUUGGUAACAUCCACCCGGAGACGACCACGGACGAUUUGUGCAAUGCCAUUCGGGGCGGUGUGCUCCAGAGCGUUCGGUACAUGCAAGAUAAACACAUUGCGUUCAUCACAUUCAUCGAUCCGGCGGCGGCGUUCACUUUCUUCCAAGUGUCUUCUUACCAAGGCCUGACGCUCAACAACCGCCGUCUUAAGAUUGGCUGGGGAAAGAACCCGGGACCUCUUCCUCCGACGCUUGCUCUUGCGGUCCACGCUGGUGCGACCCGAAACGUGUACAUUGGAAACGUGGAGGACUUCGAGGUGUUCAAUGAGGAGCGGCUGAAGACGGACUUUGGCGAGUAUGGUGACAUCGAGUUGGUCAACUUUUUGAAGGAGAAGAAUUGUGCGUUCGUCAACUUCACGAACAUUUCGAACGCAAUCAAGGCCAUCGAGGCGAUCAAGAACAGGCCCGAGUACGCGAACCUGCGCAUCGCACAUGGAAAGGACCGGUGUGCGAACCCGCCCCGGUCUGGGCCGCAGGGCGGAGGUCGUCGGCAGGCCAGUGGUGCGGGUGGACCGAUGACGGCGGAGCCUGUUAGCGCUGUCGAGCAUGACGGGGAACUGGACUUUGAUGUGGAGGCUGCCCAGGCCGAGGCCGAGGCUGCAGAGGGUGGCGUCGUGGUCAAGACUGAGCCUGAGGCGAACGCUUAGGGUGAUGUCGUUGAGCUGAUGAUACCCAUGGACUCGUCUCACCUCACCUUACUCACCUCAAAACCCGGCAUGCGGCAGAUGGGACAAAACGGAUUCGGGCUUGCCUCUUGUGACUUUUCACGCUUUUUGUGCAAGCCUGGCGCACGCUUUCGUCUUCGGCAUCCUUUCUUCCCAACUCUCCAUCCUUCUCUGCUGCAUGUCUGGGCCUUCUCGUUCUUCAUUUUUGUACCUUCAAUAUCUUCUUUUUCUUUUCCUUCCUUCUCGAAGUGACCACCGCCUCACUGAAUUAUGCCUCUCGUAAUGCCACCGUCGAGCUACUACCAUCGUGUUGUCAUCUCUCCAUCUCGGCUCCUCAAUCUCACUCUGUGCUAUCAAGUAUAAAUUGUGCGGCUUGUAUUUUGACAGUAAAUAUGAAAUAAUAAAUACAUCCUGCAUACAUCCUGGUAGAGGGUGCGCAG